CUCCGGAUUCUUCCAGUUGGAGAUUCAAUCACCUACGGCUUUCUGAGCGACCAAGAUGGAGGUGAUGGAAAUGGAUACAGGCUGCAACUUCGGCAGCAUCUAUCAAAGGACAGAGUUGUGUUUGCAGGCACAGAGACGUCAGGCAACAUGACGGAUGGCUAUUAUCUAAUUGUUUCAUCCUCACUCCAUCGCCAGGCUGCUUGGAACGGCAAAACGAUCCAAUACAUCUCGGACCACGUCACACCCUCGCUUGAGCAACGCCCAAACAUCAUACUGCUUCACGCCGGGACAAACGACAUGAAUCCCAACGGCGCCAUUUCCAGAGAGGGCCACGACCCAGUAGCUGCGUCUGAGCGUCUAGGGAGCCUGGUUGACAAGAUGACGACCUUGUGUCCAGACGCCGUCAUCCUCGUCGCCAUGAUCAUCGGGACUUGCAAUGACGAGCAAGCUCCGCAGACAAAGGUGUUCCAGUCGCUGAUCCCCAACGUGGUAGCACCCAGGCUCGAAUCUGGGAAGCACGUGCUGGCGGUGGACUUUUCGACUUUUCCGCUCGACAAGCUGAGGGACUGCAUUCAUCCCACAAAUGAAGGAUAUCAUCUUCUCGGAUACUACUGGUAUGACUUUAUCGCUCAGAUUCCGCGGGACUGGAUCACGGCUCCGGUGGGAGAAGAUCCCCAGAGGCCGGAAGAGCAGAAUCUCGCCAUGCGACUUGAGACGGACCUG